AUGCAUCUCCGCGCCGACCACGCGGAAACGAACAUCCCGACCCUCCAACAACUCAUCCACGACAACCCCCUCGGCAUUCUCACAACAGCCAUCAAAUCAGAGCAGGCAUUCAUCCAAUCCAGCCACAUCCCAUUCGUUCUCGACGUCCCCUCAAGCAACGAUGACGACUCCGAAACCCCACUAGGCGUCCUCCGCGGGCACAUGGCAAAACAGAAUCCCCAAGCCAAAGCCCUAAUGGAAGCUCUCGCCCAGCAAUCCCAAUCACAGGAUUCAGAAACUCUCGAACUUCCUGAUGAAGUCUUAGUCCUGUUCAACGUCCCACACCACCACUACGUCACGCCGAAAUUCUACACAGAAACCAAACCCGUCUCAGGCAAGGUCGUCCCAACAUGGAACUACGCCGCCGCACAAGCCUACGGCAAGAUCCGCAUAUACUGUAACUCCAAAUCAGAGGAGACGGGAAAUUUCCUGCAAAGGCAAAUAGAGGAUCUAUCGCAGCAUGCGGAAACUUCUCAGAUGGGGUAUACGGGUGGAGAGAAGCCGACAGCGUGGAGUGUUGAUGAAGCGCCUCUGUCGUAUGUGGAGUUGUUGAAGAAGAAUAUUAUUGGGAUUGAGAUUCGGAUUGAGCGGUUGCAGGGGAAGUUCAAGAUGAGUCAAGAGAUGGGGAGAGGGGAUAGAGAGGGGGUUGUUAAGGGGUUCGGGGAGUUAGGGACGGAUAUUGGGGAUGGGAUGGCUAGGAUGGUUAAGGAGCGAGGGGAGAUUAAGGAUCGACGGUAA